CUUGGGUAAGAUGAAAUAUAAAAGGCUGGCUUCCUGGUAGAAAGAACAGAGAGGAAUUUCCAGUCAAGACUGGUCAUGAUCCCUGUCUCAGUGCUGGCCCUCCUGGGGGUCAACUUCUUGCUGCCUGGAGUGCAGGCCCUGCUCUGCCAACUGGGGAAAUUUGAGAUUGUGAGGAACAUGUCGGAGCUGCCCCUCCAGUGGACACCUAAAGAGCAAUCCUGUGAGACUGGCUGGGGUUGCCAAGACACACUGGUGCUCACUGAGAAUGGACCCUAUGUAAACUUGAUACUCACCAAGGGCUGCACUGAGGCUGAGGACCAAGAGGCCCGUGUCAUGGAGCAUAGGACAGGCCCGGGUAUCUCCAUCGUCUCUUACACCCACGUGUGCCGCCAUAAGGACCUCUGCAACAACCUGGUCAACACCAGCCCUCUCUGGGCUCUGCCCAUUGAAACAGCCCCAGGGCGCUUGCGGUGCCCAACCUGCUUGUCUGUAGAAGGCUGUCCAGAGACUGUGCCAGAGCAGACCUGCCCCGUGGGGCACACACACUGCUACAAUGGGGUCCUCUUGUUCACAGAAGGGCUCAUCUCCACCAUUCUGAAAGUCCAGGGCUGUAUGCCCCAACCAGGAUGCAACCUGUUCAAUGGGACUCGGGAGAUUGGGCCCAUGGCCGUGAGUGAGAACUGCAAUCCUAAGGAUUUUCUGACCUGUCAUCGGGGGCUCACGCUCUGGAUGAGGCCUGGCUUGUCUCAAGAACCUGUCAACUGGACCGUAGGAGGAAGCCAGAUCUGCAACACUGGAGAGGUGUGUCAGGAGACGCUGCUGCUCAUAGACGUAGGACAAAGCUCACUCCUUCUGGGCAGCAAAGGAUGCAGCAAGAUUGGGGCACAAGAGUCCCAGAGGGUCUCCGUACACUUGGGACCCCCUGGAGUGCUCAUCGCCUCCUAUACCCGCUUAUGCUCCUCUGACCACUGCAACAGAGCCAACACCAGCAGUGUCCUGCUGAAUGCCCUCCCUCGCCCAGCUGCCCCUGCUCCAGGAAACGUGAGUUGUCCUGUCUGUGUGCAGUUAUCUGGGUCUUGCUCGCCCAACUCUGAUGUGGUUACCUGCCCCAGUGGGACCACUCAUUGUUAUGAUGACACUGUCAUUCUCAGAGGAGGUGGAUUAUCCUCCCCUUUGAGCAUUCAAGGGUGUGUGGCCCAACCUACCAGCUCCUUGUCCAACCGCCUCCAGAAUAUUGGCAUCUUCUCUGUGACAAAAAUCUUGAAGGAGAAUGAGGAUUCAGAUAACUAUCCUCUUAUGAAAGAUGGAGUUGCCCCUGUCCCCUACCUCUCUUGGGUGAUGGGGCUGGGGCCAUUUCUAGUCCUUUGGUUGGCGGGGACAGGGAGAGGCUUUGCCAUGCUCACUAACUCCAUUUCCCCAUGAUUUUUUAACUUCUGCUGACCACCCAAACCCAGCCCUCUCUCUAGUCUCAUAACCUAAUAACCUCGGACAUCGAUUAGUUUCCUAUUCUCUUCAUAAAUGAUCCGUCCCACACUCCUGCACACAUGUUAUCACCUGGUGGUAACAUAUGGGAGGCCUGGGAGCAAUUGAACUUGCCUUGUGGGAGAGGGUCAUUCAAAGAGUGAUCAAAUGUGUCUGAUAAUAAAGAGCCUGCCCUUUCUCCCA